AUGCAUUACAGUAUGUGUGUCUUGAUAGCCUCUAGGAUUACAGAACAAUUCCUUGCACAACCGAUUUCCGCAGAAGCUCAAAAGUUGACUGGCAAAGCAUUAGUGGAGUAUGUGAACCAGCGACAGCCUUUUUUCAAGGUGCAGGUUUUUUCAAAUUUCGACUCUCGGAAGGUAUGGAAGAACUGCCCUUCAAUAGAUUACAUCCGUGACCAAUCGAAUUGUGGCUUGCAAUCAAAAUCUGUGCCCUUUACAGGCUCGUGCUGGGCUGUCUCAGCUGCAUCGACAAUGUCUGAUCGUAUUUGUGUUCAAUCAGAAGGCAAAGUGAAGACGAUACUUUCCGACACCGAUAUCGUUUCAUGCUGCGGAAAUGCCUGCGGAGAUGGAACCUUUGCUCUAGUUAAAUGGUCAUACUCCAUCCUCAAUCAGGAAGAUGCCAUACAAGAAAUGCUCAUGAGAAAGGGACCAGUUCAAGCAAUCUUCAUCGUUUAUGAGGACUUCAGCUAUUACCAAAACGGGAUCUAUGUGGUCUCUCCUGAUCAGUUCACACAAGCUCAUCUUGGCGAAGUCCCAUUCAUUCUCUUCGCAUUCUUCAUCGCACAAUCAUGCCAGAAGGAGCUCACAAUGAUGCAGUUGCUUGCUCAACCGAUCCCAGAAGAAGCACAAAAGUUGACAGGGAAAGCUCUGGUGGAUUAUGUGAACAAAAGACAAUCGUUUUAUAGGGCAGAGUACUCGGAAAAAGCGAGAAGUCGCAUACAGAGUUUGAUGAAAACGGAAUACAUAGGGAAAGCCCGUGAGAUGUAUAAAGUUGCAAAAAAGGCCAAGCCAUACAAUAACGACACCAGCGACAUUCCUGAAAGGAAGCUUUUUGCAGGUUCAUGCUGGGCCGUAUCGGCCGCGGAAACAAUGUCCGAUCGAUUAUGCAUACAGACGAAAGGGAAAGUGAAGGUUACACUGUCGGACGUUGAUAUCCUGUCCUGCUGUGGAGAAAUCUGCGGAUAUGGGUGGGUUUCCAACUGA